GAUCAUCGUUGGUCCUGUCAAGUUCGAGGUUUUUUAAAUAUUUUUAUCCAUUACUAAUGUGGAAAAGAUCUCAGAUCUGUUUUAAUCCUCUGCUUUAACUUUAACUUUGACUUUUUCGCAAAAAAUGUGCUUAUUUUUAUGACUGUGUUGACAUGACACUAUGGGAAAAGCAUGCUUAAACUUCUAACUACUGCUCUCCACCUCGAGUUUCGUACUUCUUUAUCCCCAGUUCGAUAUUUGUGGUAUAAAAAAAUUGGCCUAAAACAUAUCUAAAUUGUUCAACCCGAUGUUUUUAGUGCAGUCACUUAGGGGUAGAAUUACCCUUUUUGGAAACCUGUGUUUAUAGGUGUUAUAAUCAGUUGUCUUGUGAUUCCUCUAUUGUUUACUUCUUGUACGCGUCUUGGGAAAACAGAACAAUUUUACACAUAUUUUUAUACAGGUUUUACUAAAAAAUUGCACACACACACAGCACUCACACACACACACACGCAGAAAACGCACACAAAACACGGAACACGUUUUACAAUAACUACACUGACACGCGACAAUGGGUAUAGAUGCAACCUCAUUUCCAGGAUCAGUUGUCUUUGUUUAUGAUUAAGAUGCGAGAUGACAAUGGGGGCCCGACGCAGUAUGGAUUUUUCAAUCAUGCUCUUGAAAGAUUUAUCAUCAUGGAAUAUGGCGAAGAGAAGUGGGAAGUCAUCAGAAUGGAGGCUGGUGUAUUUGAGGAUAGUUUUGAUGGGAAAAUGGUAUAUGAUGAUAAUAUGAUUUUUGAAAUAUUGGAUGCAGCUUGUGAAGUACUAGAUACUGAGCAAGAAGAUCUACAAGAGGAAUUUGGCGAGGCUUACUUUAUGCAUUGUUUAGCUUCUCAUCAUGGAAAACUUUUAAAAGCCCUGGGUGGCAAUUUGUAUGACUUUCUGUCAAACGUUGAUUCCCUGCAUGAUCAUCUGGCAGUCUCCUAUGCAGGUGUCAAGGUACCGACGUUUCGCGUGAAAAGUGACGGGACGAACCGCAGCAUUAGCGUUAAUUAUUACAGUGACAGAGUGGGAUUAGAGUACGUCACGAAAGGCGUCAUACGCAUGGCAGCUAAAGAAUUAUUUGGGUUAGAGGUCAUUGUGGAAUCAAUCUGUGAUAUUGAUGCGUUCAAAUUUCUCGUCACCACGGAAAAUCCAGACGAUUGCCACCUAAUGUUUCCAAAAUCAAUCGAAUCGUCAAGAGAUUUAAUUCCACGUGCUAACGAACCAAAAGUAUCGCCAUUAGAAUUUACAAAAGUGUUCCCGUUUCACAUGCUCUUUGAUCGGAAUAUGAAACUACUUCAAGUUGGCUCUACACUGAAACGUAUCCUAAAAGAUUUAAACAACAAAAAUUCUGAAAAGAAUUCUGAAAUUACGACGUACUUUACUUUGUCCAGACCACAAAUACCAUUCGACUUUGAAUCAAUUUAUUCACGUCUUAACAACGUUUUCAUUUUAACCUCUUUGAAGGACGUUGUCAAGGCAACGCCCUCCAUUUUACACAUGCAGUCUUCAAACGACACAACACCUCGAAGAACCAAUCUACGUUUAAAGGGACAGAUGAUUUUUUUAGAUGAAGCAGAAGCCAUGUUGUUUUUGUGUUCACCAAGUGUAAGUAACAUCGAGGACAUGAGAAAUAAAGGUCUUUGCCUCAGUGAUAUUCCUAUUCAUGAUGCAACUAGAGAUUUAGUACUGCUUUCUGAAAACUUUCAAAAAGAACUGGAACUGACUCACCAAUUGGGAAUCGUGAGUGAUCACCUGCAAAAAAUACAUACCGAACUUGAAGAAGAAAUGCAUUUAUAUGAUCGGUUAUUGUUCGCGGUGUUACCAACAACCAUUGCGAGAGAUUUGCGUGAAUCGAAGCAGAUACCUACAGAAAAGUUUGAGUCGGUUACAUUGAUGUUCAGUGGGAUCGUCGAUUUUACUAGGCUGUGUGAAGAUUUGGAGCCUUUGCGUAUUGUUAAUAUGUUGAAUGAAUUGUACACGAAGUUUGAUGUUUUGGUUGACUUUAUGGCUACAUACGUGUACAAGGUGGAGACAGUGGGAGACAAAUACAUGACAGCUAGUGGUCUUCCUGAAAGAUGUUUAAAUCAUCCUCAGGUGAUAUGCACGCUUGCUUUGGAUAUGUUAGAUGCUACACGAGAAGUCAAAAUUAAUGGAAAAGAUAUACAGGUGACGUUUGGUAUUCAUUCAGGGGAAGUAGUUGCUGGAGUGAUUGGUCAACGAAUGCCACGCUACUGUUUAUUUGGAAACGCUGUGAAUCUGACAAGUAGAACCGAGACCACCGGAUUAAAAGGAGAAAUUAACGUCACAGAGGAAACAUUCAAAUUGCUGAGUCAGUCUGAUAUAUCUAAUAAUUACGAGUUUACAAAAAGAGGAAAAGUGGCUAUGAAAGGAAAAUCUGAACCGAUGUUGACGUAUACGUUAUCACGACCUGUCGACCGAAGCCAAUUGUCGAAAGCCUCCAUGUUUUUAAGUCAGGAAUUCCAACCCGCUUUCCUCAGUAUACAUGGUCUUGGCGGUUCUGAAUCAGGAAGCCCCGUAUUGACAGGAAGUGGUGCUGUUACUUUGAAUAGAAAUCGAUGCAAUUCAGGAAACAGUAACAUGAGACGUAGUCGGAAUGCUUCUGUGUAUGCUAGUCGCUUCAAUACUCCUGGAGCAAGUAAAAAUGUCAGCCGUUAUGCCACGCCCCUGAGGAGUCGAUGUAACUCUGCUGUGUCCACGGCGCCGUACAUUCCUUCCAAUAGCAAUAAUCAAAAGAAAUACAAAGUAAACGAGUCCGCGCAUGUCAACAUUGGAAACAGACUCGAUUUAUUAGAAGAGCGAAGUCCUAUAUCAUUAAGCCCGACGUCGACGAGUCCUCAGAUGAACCAUGCGGAUAUUGAAAACAUUUUAAAACAAGUGAACAAAUCUUUGCACAUAAAGUAAAAAUAAUCUCAUGCACGGUAAUUUCCUGUCAAUCAAGGAAAAUAUUACACUCACUCUUAAAAGAGUUUAGAAAUCCUGGAUUAUGGUAAUUCAGACCAAAUUUACCAUUGAUCUUUUUAAAAUUAUUAAAUAGUUUAUUCCGUCAAACUUGAUCGAUAUAUUUUUGUAGCAAUAAUUUAUAUAGAGCUAUUUGGACGUUCUUUUUAAACCGAUUACGAAGAUAUUUAGUUUUUUAUGAUAUUAGGUUUUUCCGACAAAAACGAGGAAAAUGUCAAACAAAAAACUCUUGGAUAAUUGGUUUAAGCCUCGUGGUUUUAAAUGAAAAGCCUUAGUUCAAUGUAGAAUUUUUAUAAAAUAUUUAGUUGUGUUAUAAUCUUUAUAGCAAAUUUCAUUGAAAAUGUCUCGCGCUUGGAACCAACUCGUUUCCAACGACUGUUCUUUCUUGAUUUCUGACGGUGAUUCGCCGUCAUCAGGUACUGGGAACGAUGUUGGUUUGGGUGUAAGCUAAUGGAACCCCUAAGGCCCAUUGUAUAAGCCUUGUUGUGCCGAGCAGAGAUCGAAAUAUUCACCAUGCCUCGCGGCUCGGUUCUGCACACCGUUUUAUAAGAGCCGAGCCGAACUAAAUCCUACAUAAUUUUUUAAAAUAGAAGCUGUUUAACAACAUUUUCUGCCGAAUAAGCAGUGUUAAAAUGUUAUGUGUAUGCUUUAGCACGGCUCAGCUUGACAUUUUUGUUUCAUACAAUCGAGCCAAGUCGUGCAGCUAGGUUAGCUGUGCGGCACGGUUGGAUAUUGGAUUUAUAAGCUGCUCCGAGCUAAACUCUGUAAAUAUUUUAUAGGUUCGGCUCUGCUCGACACGGUUUAUAUAAUAGACCUGUGAAUCACGAAAUACGGUUUAGUAUAUAAAAAUAUGAUUCAUGAUUCCUAAAAUAUUUUUAUUACGUUUUUAAUUACUUUAUCAUCAUUGGAUGACCUUUAAGAUUAUUUCUUAUAUAAAAUUGAGAAAGCGCCUGUUAAAAGAAAAUUGGAUGAGGUACUUGAAUAAA